CCUGGAGUGCCGGGAGCCGCACCGAUCCCGCACCGAUCCCGCCCCAAACCCCGCACCGCCCCCUGCAUCGACCCCUGCGCCUACCCCCGGGCAGCCGGCGGGGCCCGCUUCUGCAAGAGGGGGCUCCGCAGGGCACCGGCACGGCCCGUCCGAGCUCCCCCUCCGUUCCCCGCUCCCCGUUACCGGGCCAACGCCGCGGCGCUGCCGGCGGCCCCUGCGCCGUGCUCGCCCCCGCAGCGCGGCGGGCAGCGCCCCGCGCCUCCCCCCAUGGGGCUGCCGGGCCCUCGCCCGCCGCCGCGGAGCCCACCGGUGCCACCGAGCCCGCCGGUGCCACCGAGCCCGCCGGCGGCGGGGACCGAGCCGCCGCUGUGUCCCCGCCGGGAGCUGCGGCGCGGAGCGCAGCCCCCAGCAGCCCCCCAGGAGCAUGGCCCAGCCAGAGAGCAAACUGGUGUCCCCGCCGGUGGCACCCUCGUCCCCCGAGCUGGAAUGCCAGAUCUGCUACAGCCGCUUCGACGCCCGUGCCCGCAGGCCCAAGCUGCUCCGCUGUGGCCAUCGCCUCUGUGCCCGCUGCCUGCGCAGGAUUGUUCCCCCGGGGGACACUUCAACCCCCCAGCUCCGUUGCCCCUUCUGCCGCCAGCACAGCCCGGUGCCGGGCGGGGACGUGCAGCAGCUGCAGGAUGACGGUGAGGCACUGGCACUGCUGUCAGGCCGUGAACGGGCCAAGAAACGGGGUCCCCCCCUGUCUCCUGAGGUACUCCUUUGCCCCAGUGUGCUGGAGCCCACAUCCAGCCCCGACUGCCUGGUCGUCACCAUCCUGGAGGUGCCGGAGGACGUAACCCCACCAGAGAGCCUGGGCAGGCUGGAGGUGGUGCGCCUGUACCGCCCCACGAGCCUGGGUGCCCUGCCCUGCCACGGCCCUGGGCAGAAGUGGCGCUCCUGGGGGUGGCAAGCCAUCCCCCGCUUCAUUCUGGGCGUCCUCUGCCUCCUCUACUUCAGCUCCCUGCCCUUCGGCAUCUACCUCCUGCUCAUCGAGCACCACAGCCUGGGCAUCAUCCUGGUCAGUCUUGUGCCCUCCACCCUCCUUCUCUGCAUUGUCUACAGCCUCUGCCAGUGCCUGUGCCUGGAGGUCUUUGGGUUCCCCCACUCCUGACCCUGCAGAGCCAACCCGUGUGCCUGAGCCAGGCAGGAUUUGGGCUCUUUGGGGCAUUGUCCCUUGAGGUACACACGUCCUCUGACCCACAGCAUGCUCUGCCUGGACCAUGGGAGAAGCUCAGCGCCUGGUGCCUUCCCAUGCAGAGCAGCACUGUCUUUUCCAUGUGGGUGCUCACACUGGCUGGAAUGGCUGCAGGAGCUCGCUGCAUCCUACAAGAAUUUGGGCCGGAC